UAACUAACACUCUCUCUGCCUCACUCCUCAGGUACACUUCAUAUUUGGUCAGAACAAUGAAGCUCAGUGUGGCAUUUAUUCUGCUGUCCCUCAUGGGAAUAUGCUCAGCUUCCAAUUACAAAAAUGUGGCCUUGCGUGGCAAAGCAACUCAGUCACAUCGCUAUGAGCACAACUUUGGGGACGCCAGCAGUGCAAUUGAUGGAAACCCAGAGUCCUCCUUUUCAGCCGGUUCAUGCACCCACACUGUAGAAAUGGCCAACCCCUGGUGGAGGGUGGACCUGCUGGACCGCUAUGUUGUGACUUCUGUCGUCAUCACCAACAGAGGAGACUGCUGUGCAGACAGGAUCAACGGGGCUGAGGUCCACAUUGGUGAUUCUUUACAAGACAAUGGUGUCGCAAACAAACUGGCUGGUUCCAUUUCUAGGCUCUCUGCAGGGAGCUCGUACACCAUGAAAGUGAAUGAUUUGCCUGGGCGCUACGUGACUGUUAGUCUCCCUGGUUCCAGAAGAGUUCUGACACUCUGUGAAGUGGAGGUCUACGGGUACCGUGCGCCGACAGGAGAGAACCUUGCACUCACGGGAAAAGCCUCACAGUCAUCACUAUAUCCAGAAGGCUGGGCAAACUUAGCCAUCGAUGGAAACACUGACAGCGAUCGGCAGCAUAAGUCCUGCUCUCACACUGAUAAUGACUCAUCCCCCUGGUGGCGACUGGAUCUGAUCAAAACUCACAAAGUGUUCUCUGUUAAGAUAACCAACCGCAGAGAUAGUACGUACGCGCAACGACUGGAUGGAGCCGAGCUCCGCAUCGGAGAUUCUAUUGAAAACAACGGCAACAACAAUCCCAGGUGUGCUGUGAUAAAAAGCAUCCCACCCUUUACUACUGCUAAAUUCAAUUGCAAUGGGAUGGAGGGUCGCUAUGUCAACAUAGUUAUCCCUGGAAGGAAAGAGUACCUGACUCUCUGCGAGGUGGAGGUUUAUGGGUCUGUCCUGGAUUAGGAGUUCCUUCUGUUGCAGGAAUUGAACCCACCCUGUUGUUUGUACUGAAACGACUUUUACCUGUACAUGAGGCUUCAGUUUGUGCACACAAAAAGAAUGAAAUAAAAAUUGUUCAACAUGGUAAAAAGAA